AGACGAACUCGAUGCUGGCAGCCUGGACGCAUCUCACUGUCCUACAUUCCUGGGACCGGCAGCUGGCAGAGUGUGCAGGAGGUGGCAAACGCAAAACCUCGAGACAAGCUCGAACAUCGAAUAUUCCUGCUCUCGCUCACAGGGGUCCUGUCACCCGGUCCGGACCAUGUCGUGCGAUCCGUCCUCAGAGAUCCAAUUGCGCACAAAUUCUUGAGCAAUCUGAGUCCAGCUUCGCGGGCGAAUUGGGAGAUGAAGUCCGACGGAAUGCAUUUCGAAAGCGUGGCGGUCGAGGGCCCAGAUUUUGCAGGCGUCGCUCGGCUGGUUUUGAAUCGACCAAAGCAAUCGAACGCACUGAAUGCUGCGAUGUUCCGAGAAAUUCCUGCCGCCGUAGCUUCUCUCGAUGCUGAUCCGAAUGUCCGCGUGAUCAUCGUCGCCGGAAGCGGGAAGCAUUUCUGCGCAGGAAUCGACUUGCAGUUUUUAUCGACCGAUUCUGUGCAGUCCUCUUCGGCUGGUGGUGGUGCCGGUCGUCUAGGGCUUGAGAGGGAGGCGUUCAGAAGGCACGUCAAGUGGCUGCAAGACGCUUUCACCUCUUUCGAGCAUUGUCGAAAACCUGUCAUCGCUGCCAUCCACGGAGCUUGCAUCGGUGCAGGAAUCGAUAUGAUCACGGCGUGUGAUCUACGCUACUGUACAGACGAUGCCAAGUUCUCUGUAAAAGAAGUGGACCUCGCCAUCACCGCGGAUUUGGGAACCCUGCAGCGAUUACCGCAUGUGGUUGGCUACUCGGCGACCAUGGAGCUGGCGCUCACUGCCAGAGCAUUCGACGGAAAAGAAGCUCGCGAGUUGAAGCUGGUGCAUGGGGUUCUGCCUUCGAAGGAUUUAUUGGAUGAGAGGGUCUACGCAGUGGCAGCAGAAAUUGCCGGCAAAUCUCCUCUUGCGAUCAUGGGAACCAAAGCAGUUCUCUUGAAGUCGCGAAAUUCCUCUGUUGCAGAUGGCCUGGACUACGUUGCCACCUGGAAUGCUGCUUUGCUUCACAAAGAAGACAUUUUGGAGGCCAUGAUGUCGAGGAUGGAGCACCGCAAUCCUCUCUUUGCCAAACUUUGACAGUCGUGCGGAGCGCUUUAUUGAGAUUUGAUAAGAUCCGUGCUCGAUGUCUCGGGGUUUACAUCUAGACGUGCUUACGAUCGUGUCCCAGCAACCGAAGUGAAUGCUUCGAUGUAUGGUAGGGGUCCGAUGCCGAGCAGGGCGAGGCUUAUAAACACAACUGUAAAUACUACCUAGCUAGCAAUGCAGAACGAAGAGGCGAUUGACUCCCACAUGAUGCACACAAGGACAGUCCGUCAGUAACACCGUGUUGUCCACUCGAAUGAAGCCAUCCAUGUCUUCACUCCGAUUUGCUCGAAACGGGGAAGGAAUUGUCAGAACUCCCCCGAAGAACUCCGCCGUUCAAGUUGUGUGUGGCAUGCGGAUUUCGCCUCCGACAACUUCCUCAGACUCCUGGAUGUGCACUCAGCCAGAAUCUGGAUGGUUGACAAGUAGCAAUGCAACAUCACGCAAUCGUGUGGGUUGCAACAUUAGGCCGUAUCAGUGAAGAGUUGUAUUGCAGACAUGGCUAAUAAAGUGUUUUGUUUGAGGACUCCAGAUGGUUCACACAACUUUACAUUGCACUGCACUGCACUG